AUGAUCAGAGUAAAUGACGUCAUCAUUUUCCCAGGUUUUUCUGUCGCUCAUGAAAUAAAUCUAUCUAUCUAUCUAUCUAUCUAUCUAUCUAUCUAUCUAUCUAUCAAUCUAAGACUGUUUAUAUCUGUUUAUCUAUCAAUCUAUCUAUCUGAGCUUUUUCAUAUCUAUCUAUCUACCUAUCUAUCUAACUUUUUCAUAUCUAUCUAUCUAUCUAUCUAUCUAUCUAUCUAUCUAUCUAUCUAUCUAUCUAUCUAUCUAUCUAAGCCUGUUCAUAUCUCUCUAUCUCAGUCUAUUCAUCCUAUCUAUCUAUCUAUCUAUCUAAGCAUUUUAUAUCUCUAUCUAUCAAUCUAUCUCUUUUUCAUAUCUAUCUAUCUAUCUAUCUAUCUAUCUAUCUAUCUAUCUAUCUAUCUAAGCCUGUUCAUAUCUUUCAGUCAAUUCAUCAUAUCUAUCUAUCUAUCUAUCUAUCUAUCUAUCUAUCUAUCUAAGCCUGUUCAUAUCUUUCUAUCUCAGUCAUUUCAUCAUAUCUAUCUAUCUAUCUAUCUAUCUAUCUAUCUAUCUAUCUAUCUAUCUAUCUAUCUAUCUAUCUAUCUAUCUAAUCUUUUUCAUACAUAUCUAACUAUCUAUCUAUCUAUCUAUCUAUCUAUCUAUCUAUCUAAGCAUUUUAUAUCUCUAUCUAUCAAUCUAUCUGUCUCUUUUUCAUAUCUAUCUAUCAAUCUAUCUGUCUGUUUAUAUCUAUCUAUCUAUCUAUCUAUCUAUCUAUCUAUCUAUCUAUCUAUCUAUCUAUCUAUCUAUCUAUCUAAGCCUGUUCAUAUCUUUCAGUCAAUUCAUCAUAUCUAUCUAUCUAUCUAUCUAAGCCUGUUCAUAUCUUUCUAUCUCAGUCAAUUCAUCAUAUCUAUUUAUCUAUCUAUCUAUCUAUCUAUCUAUCUAAUCUUUUUCAUAUCUAUCUAUCUAUCUAUCUAUCUAUCUAUCUAUCUAUCUAUCUAUCUAAGCCUGUUCAUAUCUUUCAGUCAAUUCAUCAUAUCUAUCUAUCUAUCUAUCAAUCUAUCUAUCUAUCUAUCUAUCUAUCUAUCUAUCUAUCUAAGCCUGUUCAUAUCUUUCUAUCUCAUCAAUUCAUCAUAUCUAUCUAUCUAUCUAUCUAUCUAUCUAUCUAUCUAUCUAUCUAUCUAUCUAUCUAAGCCUGUUCAUAUCUUUCUAUCUCAGUCAAUUCAUCAUAUCUAUCUAUCUAUCUAUCUAUCUAAUCUUUUUCAUAUCUAUCUAUCUAUCUAUCUCUCUAUCUAUCUAUCUAUCUAUCUAUCUAUCUAUCUAAGCCUGUUCAUAUCUUUCAGUCAAUUCAUCAUAUCUAUCUAUCUAUCUAUCUAUCUAUCUAUCUAUCUAUCUAAGCCUGUUCAUAUCUUUCUAUCUCAGUCAAUUCAUCAUAUCUAUCUAUCUAUCUAUCUAUCUAUCUAUCUAUCUAAUCUUUUUCAUAUCUAUCUAUCUAUCUAUCUAUCUAUCUAUCUAUCUAUCUAUCUAUCUAUCUAUCUAACUUUUAUUGAAACUUUCACUAGUUACAGAAAGCAUCUUCCUGUCUUUUCUUCUUCCUCUUUUAAAUUCGAUGUUCCAAACUUUUUCUUUCUUUUCAUCUCUAUCUAUCCUCUACUGCUUUUUCACUACCCUCUGACGUCACUUCCCAAACCGCAUUAUUUCUUUCUCGAUAUGUCCGUCUGUCUAUAUGAGAGUGCAGAAGAAGGUGACAUCGUACACGUGCAUCUGUGCAUGUGUCGAUGUCUGAACCUGCGCGUGCGUGAUUCAUUCAAUAGAUUUAUUUGA